GGAAAGCGUGGCUCAAUACCAAUGUUAAGGCUUACCCGUAUCGAUCUUCUGAGGCUUCAUUCCUGGAACUGUCCCCGGAUAAGUGGACAACACACAGGUCUAAGAUGAAUCCCUGUACUAUGGAUCAUUUGGGUUGGCUCUAACACUGUUGUGGUUGAUGGCUCACCUGCUGGAGACGUGGCAGGUGCGACGCUCAAUGCCAUGCCCAAGAUAUACACGGAAAGGCUAGCUAAUGGCUUCAAUCUAGCUUUUCUUGGCGUGUGUACAGCUGACAGUCCAAGCCUGACGCUCCAAGAUCCAAC